GUCCAAGAGCCUUAAAGAGGCAGAUUCUGGAGUUCGCUCUUUCUCUUCUGAAAAUGGAGCAAGGGCAUUCAAAUCUUCAACAGGACAUCUUUUUCCAAGAAUUAUGUUGUUGUAUGCUGCGCUAAAUAGCAUAUGAUUUUCGUUUGAAGCUCUAGAUCAAAGACACAACCUAAAGAUGGAUAAGAUGAUUGAUGAUGCAGACAGAGGGAAUGAGAAUCGCAACCUGUGAAGGAAGCAGAUCUCGAGGCAGCUCCUGUUCUCUGCCGGAGGCUGAAACUAGGAGCCCACGGUAAGACUCAGGAAACUACAUCCUUCUUCAGUCUUCUGUCGUUUCCCACUUGAUUACCAGAUUAUGAUAUUUAAAAUGUGGACAACUCCACCACUUUUGAGCACGUUGGCAAAGCAGAAGAAAUCAACUUCAUCCUAGGAAGACAAGAGAAGCAGCCCAAGUCUCGAAACAAAAAGGCAAAGAAAGAAGGAGAUUUAAUGAGAUGGAAAACUAUACCAGGGUGAAAGAACUUAUUUUCCUUGGACUGACCCAAAGUCAAGAAGUGAGCAUGGUGCUCUUUCUUUUCCUUCUCCUGGUGUAUGUGACAACUCUGCUGGGGAACCUUCUCAUCAUGAUCACAGUGACAUGUGAGUCUCGCCUUCACACCCCCAUGUAUUUCUUGCUCAGGAAUUUGUCUGUUGCUGAUAUCUGCUUUUCCUCCAUCACUGCCCCCAAGGUUCUGGUGGACCUUCUCUCAGACAGAAAGACCAUCUCUUUCAAUGGCUGUCUCACUCAGAUGUUCUUCUUCCACCUUAUUGGGGGAGUGGAUGUGUUUUCUCUGUCUGUGAUGGCUCUAGAUCGAUAUGUGGCCAUCUCUAAGCCCUUGCACUAUGUGACCAUCAUGAGCAGGGGCCGUUGCAUUGGGUUAAUAGUGGCCUCCUGGGUGGGGGGCUUUGCCCACUCCAUAGUGCAGAUUUCUCUCUUGCUGACACUUCCCUUCUGUGGACCCAAUGUUCUUGACACUUUCUACUGUGAUGUCCCCCAGGUCAUCAAACUUGCCUGCACAGACAUCUUUGUUCUUGAGCUGCUGAUGAUUUCCAAUAAUGGCCUGGUUGCUACUCUGUGGUUUGUAUUGUUGGUGGUUUCGUACACAGUCAUUCUUAUGAUGCUUAGAUCUCAUUCAGGAGAGGGCAGGAAGAAAGCCAUCUCCACCUGCACCUCCCACAUCACUGUGGUCACCCUGCAUUUUGUGCCCUGCAUCUAUGUCUAUGCCAGGCCCUUCACUGCCCUCCCCACAGAUAAAGCCAUCUCUGUCACCUUCACAGUCAUCUCCCCUCUGCUAAACCCCUUGAUCUAUACUCUGAGGAACCAGGAAAUGAAGUCAGCCAUGAGGAGACUUAGAAAAAGACUUGAACCUUUUGAUAGAGAAGAGCAAUAACUCAUCCCUGUCACAACAUUUUCAAACAUUUGUACAUAAAAUAAGCUUUAUUCUUUAUACUUGUCUGUCACUUUUCUUCCCACUGUGGCAUAAAACAGCCCAAAAGAUCUCAAAUUGAUAGUUUUAAUUCUCCCGUAUGUUUUCAGUAUGUAAAAUACUGUGUCACAGAAUCACCAAGUAAAUCUCAAUGGAAUCUGUGAAAUAUGAAGAAAUAAAUGCAUGAACUAGAUCGUUGCAUACUGUAA